UUUUUUCUUUUUCAACACUGUUUCAGUCAGAUCCGAAGGUGUUCAGUUGAUUUUUUUUGAGGUUCUAGGGUUUUUGGAACCUUUAUUUAUUAUUUUUGGAGUUCUAAAGUUGCUGGGAACAUUGUUUAUUGUUUAUUUGGCAUUAUUGUUCUGCUUUCAAGAUGUCAGAAGAGAAAAAACAGGCUUCCGCUAGUGGCAAGGAUGAGUUGAGUCGUGUAGGGACUCUGGAUAACUCUCCACUAGAUAUUUGUCCCAUCAAACUGGAUGGCACAAAUUAUUUACUUUGGUCUCGUACUUUUACAUUAGCCAUUGAAGCUAAAGGGAUGUCUGAGUUCAUUGAAGGCCCUGUUACUGAGCCUACUACUGAUGUUGAACUCAAGACGUUUAAGUCUCGUCGAUCUUUAGCCAUGACUUGGUUGUUUAAUUCUAUGAAGGCUGAUAUUCGUAGUCCUUUCUUGCUUCUUAACACUCCAUAUCAGAUUUGGACUAUUGCCACACAGACUUAUUCUCAGCAGGGCAAUGAUGCUCAGUGUUUUGAGUUGCGAAAGCGACUUCGUACUAUGGAUCAACACAAUCGAUCUGUUGCUGUUUACUUUGCUGAUCUUAGUGGGGCCUGGCAAGAAUUUGAUUAUUAUCAGGGGUUUCAAGCAGUCUGUUCCGUUGAUGCUGGUGCUUGGUUAAAAAGAAUAGAGAAAGAGCGUGUGUAUGACUUUCUUGCUGGUCUUGAUGUGGAGUAUGAUCCAAUUAGAGUGCAGGUGUUGGGUCGUGUUCCGUUUCCAUCUUUGGGCGAGGCCUAUGCCAUUGUUCAACAGGAGGAGAGCAGAAGGGGUGCUAUGUUACAAGCUCCUACUUUUGAUCGUUCUGCAUUGGUUGCUAUUCCGCAGGGACAGUUUGGGUCUGGCAGUGGAAAGUCUCAGUCUGGUACUACUAGUGGGAUCAUAGACCGUAUGUCACUCCAGUGUGAUUAUUGCCACAACACUGGACAUACCAAGGAUUUUUGUUGGAAGUUACAUGGUCGUCCUUCUCGUGGGCGAGGCAGUGGACGUGGAGGUCGAGGUCGUGGUCCCGGGCGUUCUCAGGCUCAGGCACAUGUUUCAGAGUUUGCUACCUUGUCUGAUUCUGGGUUCAGUACAGGAGUUCAGUCACCUUCUGAUUCUGUUGGCGGUUUCUCUCAGAGGGAGAUGCAAGCUCUCAGGCGUCUUAUGGCUCAGGCUGAUUCUUCCUCUACUAUAGCUCCUACUUCCACAGCAGCUCCUACUGCAUCCUAUUUUGCUCAUUCAGGAACUGGAAACGGGGAAGGUGAUUGGCAGUGGUAAAGCACAUGGUGGUAUCUAUUAUCUGGAGCAUGCACCUCAUCCAUCUCAGCCAUCUUUAUCAUGUGGACAAGCUCUACGGGCAGAUAUGAGUUCCACUCUUUCUUUGUUACAUCAGUGGCACCGUAGAUUGGGUCAUCCCUCUUUUGGGAUAUUAGAGAAAUUUUUUCCUACUUUAAUUAAACAUUGUCCUAGGGAUCAGUUUUUUUGUGAAGCUUGUGAGUUUGGAAAACAUAAACGCUCUUUUUAUGCACCUAUUAAUAAACGAAGUGAUUCUCCAUUUAUGGUUAUCCAUUCUGAUGUUUGGGGUC